AUGGGUAUUCGUGCGGCCAUUGAACGUAAAAUCAAAGUACUUAAAGUGUAUGGAGAUUCUGCGUUGGUGAUAUACCAACUCAAAGGAGAGUGGGAAACCAGAGACCCUAAGUUGAUCAGUUAUAAAGAACUGGUUCUUGAAUUGAUGGACGAAUUUGAUGACAUUACUUUCUAUUAUCUCCCACGAGAGAAAAACCAAAUGGCUAACGCAUUGGCUACUCUAGCCUCGAUGAUUAAGGUGAACAAGUUAGAAAUCAUAAAGCCUAUUCAGAUUAGCAUAUACGAAGCUCUGGCUCAUUGCUGCAGUAUUGAAGAAGAGGGGAAAAAUGAUCAUCCUUGGUAUCAGAGUAUACUACAGUACGUGAAAAAUCAAAAAUACCCUGAUCAGGCGACAGAAAACGAUAAGAGAAUGCUAAGAAGAAUAGCCAUUGAGUAUGUCCUAGAUGGGGAAGUGUUGUACAAAAGAGGGAAAUAUCAAGUGCUGUUAAGAUGUGUAGAUGCCAUGGAGGCUAAAAAGAUCCUAGAGGAAGUCCAUGAGGGCACUUGCGGAACCCAUGCAAAUGCUUACCGAACAUCUGUUAGGACCUCUACUGGGGCAACCCCCUUUUCCCUAGUUUAUGGGAUGGAAGCUGUUUUACCCAUCGAAGUAGAAAUUCCAUCUCUUCGGGUAUUAGCCGAAUUGAAAUUGGAUGAAGCAGAAUGA